AUGGGGUCUGGGUGGAUCAUGGUGAAGAUUUACCAACUCCUGACUUUCAUGAAAAUAGUGAAGUUGAAGUCGACGAUCCCCAUAUGGAUGGAUCUCUUGGUUGAUGUUUUUCGGGGUAAUAAUCCAACAUCUGAACAACAUAAUGGUGAAGACGGUGAACCUUCAAAUGUGAGAUCAGAGGACCAAGAGGAAUUUCUCAAAUCAUUCAAAGAUGCUGAUAUAAGCUUGUAUCCUGGUUCAAAGAUGUCCAAGUUGGAGUUUCUUAUCAGAUUUUUCCAAGUGAAGUGUUUGUCUCGUAUGACGGAUAAAGGGCUAACAUUGAUGUUAAAGUUGUUCAAAUCUGUUUUGCCUGAUGGAGAGACCUUACCAGAUAGCUUUUAUCAAGCUAAAAAGUCCAUAACAUAUCUGAGCUUGACGUACGAAAAGAUAGAUGCAUGUCCGAACGAUUGCAUGCUUUAUUGGAAGAAAAAAGCUGACUGGAAGAACUGUGAUGAAUGCGGUCUUAGUCGGUAUAAAGAUGAAGCAGCUGAUUCUCCUGCUUGGAAAGAGUUGGACAAGAUUCAUCCAUCAUUUGCUAGUGAAAUGCGCAAUGUUCGGUUGGGGUUGGCAAGUGAUGGCUUUAAUCCUUAUGGGCAUAUGAGCAGUGCUCAUAGCACAUGGCCGGUAGUUAUGACUGUCUACAAUCUCCCACCAUGGUUGUGUAUGAAAAAACCUUACAUGAUUCUUUCACUACUAAUUCCUGGACCCAAGGCUCCGUGUAACGAUAUAGAUGUAUAUCUAGCUCCUUUGAUUGAUGAAUUAAAGUCUCUUUGGGAUGUUGGUAAACCUACCUAUGAUGCGUUCACAGGACAGACGUUCACAAUGAGGGCAGCACUAUUAUGGACCAUAAAUGACUUUCCUGCAUAUUCAAAUUUAUCAGGAUGGAGUACUUAUGGUAAGAAGGCUUGCCCGUAUUGCAAUGAUGAUCAUGGCGCAAUCUGGUUAUUUCAUGGACACAAAACUGCCUACAUGGGUCAUCGUAGAUUUCUGAGAAGUAAUCAUAGAUUUCGUAAGCAAUCUAGACAGUUUAAUGGGAAAGAAGAACAUCGACCGCCACCGAAACCACUUUCAGGUGCAGAAUGUCUUGUCCAAUUAUCCAAUUUGAAGUUCAAGUUUGAUGUUAUGCAUAUUGAGAAGAACUUUUUGGAUAGCUUGAUAAGUACUUUGCUGGGUAUUGAUGGAAAAAGUAAGGAUAAUCUUAAAGCACGAGCUGAUUUAGAACGGUUGAAUCUCAAGCUAAAACUUCAUCCGGUUCGAAAAGGUGCCAAAACUUAUCUACCCCCUGCUAGUUUCACAUUGAGUAAGGUUGAAAAGAUUUUAGUUUGUCAAGUGUUAGCAUCAUUUAGACCUUCUGAUGGCUACUCCUCAAACAUUGCCAACUGUGUUAAGGGGACCAACUUAAUUGGGUUGAAGAGUCAUGAUUGCCAUAUAAUUAUGCAGCAACUAUUACCAAUUGCUAUUCGAAAAGUGCUUCCGAAAGAAAUCUGCAAGGUACUAUUGGAGGUCAGUUCAUUUUUUAGAAAGCUUUGCCAAAGAAAAUCUUCGAGGCAAUCAUAUACCGUAUUGAUUGAUUGCAUUGUGCUUGCUCUUUGUCACUUGGAGCGUAUAUUUCCCCCUGCAUUUUUCGACAUUAUGAUCCAUUUGCCCAUCCACUUAACUUAUGAAGCUUCAAUUGCUGGACCUGUUUUCUACAGGUGGAUGUACCCAAUUGAGAGGUACCUGGGCAUAUUGAAGGGUUAUGUACGUAACACAAGUCAGCCUGAAGGAUCAAUUACAGAGGGUUACAUUAUGGAUGAGUGCUUGUCAUACUGCUCUAUGUAUUUGGAUGACAUGGAAACAUGUCAUAAUCGUCCCGGCCGUAAUGCAGAUGGUGAAGCCCGUGAAUUUCCCAAUGGUUUUUCUAUCUUCCUGAACACAGGUCGUUCAAUUCAAGGACAAGGUAAGGAUGUCCACUUGAACGUUGAUGAGUGGGAUCGACAACACCGAGCUAAGGGGAGGGCCAACAAAGGAAGGCGAACGUUCUGGCAAAUUGAUAAAGAAUCUAAUGCAUCAUUCCCGGAUGCAUUCAAGAACCACGUUUGUGGCAUGCAAGAUAGUGGAGUUGAAGGAGAUAUUCAUCCUGACUUGUUGGCAUUGGCUAAAGGUCCAAGACCAUGGUGUAAAACUUACACCAAAUAUGUUGUUAAUGGUUACAGAUUUCGUAUCAAACGCUUGGAUAAUAAAAAGACAACACAGAAGAGUGGUGUGUUUGUGAAUGCUAAUGUCAAUAGUUAUACCAGCAGUGUUGAUCGAAACCCGAGGGAUGGGUUGCAGGACUACUAUGGAGAGCUUAUAAAUGUUAUUGAGCUUCAUUAUGAUGAUGAUCGAAAGAUAGUACUUUUUGAUUGUGACUGGGUUCAGAGUGGCGGUAAUUCUGCAGGGCUGAAAACUGAUCAAUAUGUAUUUACAUUGGUAAACUUCAACAGAAAACUUCCGCCUGGAGACACACUCAUACUUGCUUCUCAAGCAGAACAAGUAAUCUAUGUGCCAGAUCCAAUCGAAAAGGAAUGGCAGGUUGCUAUUAAAACCAAGCCACGAGAUUUACUUGACAUGAUAGAGGUUGCACACAUUGACCCAUGUAAUCCACAAGACCUAGAUGAUGCAUUGCUCGAUGAAUUUGAGGUUGGGUUCAGAGCUGAUAUACCAGGAAUAACAGUUGAUCAACAAUUACCACCUCAAGUACCAGAGCCGGAUGAUAACGAUAAUAAUUCAGAAGAUGAGGCUUUUAAGAAUAGAUCAGAUGAAAAUAUAAUGUAG